GAAAAUUCGAGUCGGGAGGACGGACAGAGCAUGGCGACGGCGCACAUCCGGUGGCAUCUCGCCGGCGAGACGCGGGUCGGCGAUGUUAUGGGAGACCCGACAAUGAGGUACGCACACGCAGCGACGGUGUUUCGACCGAAUCCUGGCGAGAUCACGCCGAACCAAGUCAUCAUGUACGGCGGCGUGAACAUCGCGGAAGGCAAUCACAAGGAAACGCCUCGAAACGAUGUGUGGCUGAUGACAAUCCGUGACGAUGCCCCAUCUGCAUCGUCGUCGGCAACGCAGGGGGGCGCCACAGUCGAAUGGAAGCUCUUGCGUUCGAUCCAUCCUCCUCGCGGAGGGCACAAAUAUCACACCAUGGUGGCGGUGGGGACCGACAUCUACGUGUUCGGGAAUCGAUCGAUGGGAACGUCGACCGAAGAACGCUUCCACAACCAGAGCUUUGAGAUUCACAAGUUCCGCGUGGACGUUGCAGCGCUGUCCGUGACGUGGGAGGCGGUCAAGUACAAAUCUGCCGAGUCCAUUCCGGGACGGCUGGGCCUUUGUUCCGUGGUGCUGGCGGACGGACGCAUCCUGAGUUACGGAGGGAAGAACGUCGGGAAGUACUCCACGACCUACUACAACGACAUCAUUCUGUUCGACCCAGCGACGCUAGCCGUGACAUACCACAACGACGAUGUCGACAAAGCUUCAAAGCGCGCGUACUUUGCGCUCGCGACGAAUGGCACGCGGCUGUUUUUGAAUGGUGGAUGCACAUUAGCCAACGAUGGCAAGAACGUGGCCAUCAUGAGCAAGAAAGGAAUCAUGCACAUCUACGACGUGUCGAGUGUCGUGCCUCCCAAGCAAGCGCGGUGGCGCGAUGUGCCGUAUGCCAACGUCGAGCUCAACGCGAGUCUGGCCGCGCGCUUCAACCACUCGAUAGCUUGGCUUGACGAUCGCCGCACGCUGUUAUUCAUGGGAGGCUCCGACGAAACAAACAACUCGAUCUUGUCUGCGUGGGCGUUCAAUGUGCGGACCCACAGCGCCGUAAAGCUCGACAUGACUGGGUCGAUCCCAGGGGAACGCGCCAACACCGUUCUCGUCAAGGUCAACGAGUCGAUGCUCGUGUGUUUCGGCGGCAAGAAUCGAGUCAUGCGCGAAGGACGCCGCCGCCCUGUUAAGGUGCACACGCCGGGGGUGUACAUUGGUGCCAUCCGCCAAGCAAGACUUGCCACGUCGCUGCCGACAGGAGCGUCUAUUGCCGUCGCGACGACUGUGUCGACGGCGGUGGCACUUCCGUUAGGACGACCAGCAGGAUCAUCCGCAGCGUCCUAUGUGCCACCCUCAGCGGGCGAUUCCCAUCCAGACGAGGCAAACAAUCCGCCGCCGCCGCCUUUCAUCAAGUCGUUGCUCAAACGCAAGCGAAGCGAUUCCGAUUCACCAGAAAAAACAGCCCAAAAGGUCGCCAAGCACGUAGAGGUGUUGGCGCCUGAAGGCACUGGUCCACGUUCGACUGUUGACGACGAAACCAAGGAAUCGUCGGAAGUAACGCCGCUUGAGGUGCUGCCGUCGUCGUCGACGAUGCAGCCGCUGGCCCGAACGUCGCCUAACAUGCACGCGGAGCUGAGCGACGACGUCCGCGCCGUCACACUUGGACGGGAAAACGAUCGCUUGCGCGAAGAAUGCGCCCGGUUGGUGAAUGAAAACGAGCAAUUGCACGUGGAGACACUGAAGGCCAAGUACCAUACGCCAUCGCUGCAAAUGAACAUGAUCAAGAGCAUGCUGGAAACGCUUGCAACGGCGCUGGACGACCAGCAGAACCACCCGUCCACGUCGCAAAGCACCGUCAACAGUUCACAGGACUCGCCGUCCGACCUUUUCGUCAACGCCGACGGCCACCCGCUCUCCCCAGCAGAGCUGCACGACGAACUGGCAAGAACCAUGGCUGCCAUGAAUGAGGCCAAGAAGCGAGCGGCAGCAUCGAAGGAGGCUGCACGAGCUGCCGCCAAGCAAGCACAGGACGACGAAGUUGCCCUCCACGCCAUGUUUGACAAGGUCGUGGAAGUGAAACGGGCCAUUUCUCGAGACCCGCCACAGGACAGCACGAUGCCCACCACCACUCGACUCGCUGCCCCUGCGAUUUCAACUCUGUCGCUGCCACCGGCGGGGGCCGCCGGGACACGGUCCAGCCCCGAGAAGGGGAACGCUCGAACAACUUCCCCGAUCACGCCUGUGAGUUUUCUCAAGCGCAAGCGGAGUGUCACCGACUCGCCAGAAGCUCCCCAGAAGGCCCUGAAGCGACUGGAUGGGUCCAGGCCCGGUGGCAGCGCUGGCUCCAGUGGUAGCUCGACCAUCGACGUCGAAACCAAAGGUUGCAAGCCCGUGUCAGUCAAACCUGCAUCUGAUGGCGACAAUGUUUGGCUGGACUCGUCGGAAGAGUCGCCUCCGACGCUCAUGCCGCCGUCGCAACCAUCCUCCUCGAUUCCUGUGGAUGGCGGCCAGUGCGAUACCUCCCAUCUGUUGCAACUUGAGAACGACAACGGUCUCUUGCGCCAUAAGCUCGACCGGUUGCGCACGCAGCGCGAGGACCGUCUUGCUGAAGCACUGAAGGCCAAGGAGCAAGAACCGUCGUCCCAGCUCGCGGCCAUCAUGGUCAUCUUGAACGAUUUGAUCACGACGCGGGACGCACACCGACAUUUUGACAUGAACUCGCAAAGCACCGUCAACAGUUCGCAGGACUCGCCGUUCGAUCUCGCGAUGUACGGCGACGGACACGCCGUGACGUUGGCCGAGUUGCAAUGGGAGUUUGACCGGGCCGUGGCAGCGGCCCAUGCUGCUAGAAGGCGAGCUGCGGCGUCCGAAAGGGCGAUGAGCGGCGCCUCCAAGAAAGCUGAAACGAACCGAGAUGCUUCCUACGUUGCUUUGGACAAGGUGAUGGAAAUUUGGAAUGCCAUGCCCCGAAGCACCUUCGAAGCCGACGCGACGCCAUAACGAUAUGUGUACAUUAAUAGAGCCACCGCGGUGCGUGCGUGUCGUCGUACUCGAUCACGGGCGAAA